AAGGGAACGUCCAGUUUCGGAAAGCGCCACAACAAGACCCACGUCUUGUGCCGACGAUGCGGUAACCGGUCGCUCCACGUCCAAAAGCACACCUGCUCCAACUGCGGAUACCCAGCAGCCAAGACCCGAAAGUACAACUGGAGCGAGAAGGCCAAGCGGAGAAAGACCACCGGCUCUGGUCGCAUGCGAUCCCUGAAGCUCGUCCCUCGCAAAUUCUCCAACGGUUUCCAGCAGGGUACCCCCAAGGGUGCUCGCGGCGCGACUGCAUCAGCAUAA